UGGAAAUGGUAGCUCGUCCACACCAGUGAAAGAUCCACUUGGGAUCCUAGAAGGCAUCAUCUCUGCAGUGCAUGCAAGCGUUGAGAAAGGGAAGAAAGUAGUUUCUUCAGAUGACCUCCUGGAGUGGUUGAGACCUUUCUGUGGUGAUGACUCUUUAGCAGUCAAGCCUCGCAUCAGAGUAUUGCAAAUUCUGGAGCAAGCCUUCCAGCUCAGUGAUGAGGAUAGCAAGCUACUUGUGUACUUCAGGACUCAAGCUGUUCUUAGAGCUUGCUGGCCUGAAAAAAAGGUAGAGGUAGCAGAUACUGAAAAUGAAGAAAAAAGAUAUGAUCUCUUCCUAGGGCUUCUGGAAUCUAGUCACAGCCCAUCUGAGUUUCAGCACUUGGUUUUGCUGCUUCAAGCUUGGCCACCGAUGGACAUGAGCAAUAGAUUGUGCACAGAUGAUAAUCCCUGGGUGAAACUAGGGACUCUGAUGCUACAGAGAUGCCCACCAGAGGAAAAGGAGAACACAGGAAAUGAAAUUUUGAAAAUCUGCCGUUCUUUGUAUGAGACGAAGCACAUGCUUCCUGCCAAGUGUAUAAAAGAAGUGUGUUUGCUGCUACUUAACCAUUCCCUCCUGCUGCCAUCCCUGAAACUGCUGGUAGAAAGCAAAGAUCAAGAUCUUCACACCAUGGCACUGGAGCAGAUAACAGCUGUUGCUAAGGUUGAUGAUUCCAACUGUGAUGCGGAAAUCCUUUCUUUGCUCCUCGAUGCCAAGUUAGUGGUAAAGUGCAUAUCUACUGCCUUCUGUCCUCGCCUUAUUGACCACUUGCUGGCUAACCAGGGAGAGGGAGGCUGGGAUGUAGAGGAAAUAGCUAAAGAACUCAAAAAAGCAGGGUUCAGUGCAGAGGCCGGGUCCCUCUUAAUGUCUCAUCAAGGGACUCAUCCUGCACUCAGGACUUUUACUACUGCCCUGCAGGCUAUUCAGCAUUGGAUCUAAAAAUGUUGGAUUUACACAUUUGUCUUCCUUUUUGCUGGAUAUCUUAUACAAAAGGAAGAAAUUAUUGUUCUAGCAAAGUAACAAAGUUGGUUAUGAUCUAUGUUCUG